CAGGCAGGGUCGUGGGAGCAGACUCAGCAGCUGGAUGCAGGUGGAAAUCAUGACAGUUCUACUCUGUUCUUAUGGCACUGAGUGAAUAAAUAUCAGAUGGACGUAAUGGAGCAAAGCAGCAAAAGUUUGGGUGUUUUGAACGGGAAAUUUAUUUAUAGAAAACUUGUGGAUGGUUCUCUGGAUAAAAGGACGGUUAUUUGUAGCUAUUGCAAGGCUGAGUUCCAGUAUCAUCGAAGCACCACAAGUCUGAAGUACCACCUACGUGCUAAACAUGCUUUCACCACUGUUCCUCUUGCUACAGAUAACCCAAUGACAGCAAAUGAAUCCUGUGAGCUGCGACAGAGUACACUUACUGUGUUUCAGAAUUGCUAUAAGCCCACAGAUCAAACGAAGUACAACAACUUAACCAAUGCUAUUGCAAAAUGGAUAGCUAUGGACUGCAGACCACUCAACAUUGUAAAUGACAGAGGACUAAUAGAGGUUAUUCAAAUUGCAUCUUCCAAUCAGUCAUGCACCCUGCCCUCCCAAGGAACCAUUGCAUCACGAAUACGUGACUUGUAUCACAACGAGAAGACUACUAAGUUGGAGCUGCUGAAAAAUGCACAAGCUGUUGCUUUGACUGGUGAUCACUGGACAUCCUUGAGCAAUCACAGCUAUCUUGGAGUCACGGCACACCUGAUUGAUGCUGCAUGGAGACUGCAGUCAUUUGCUUUAACAGCAACGUAUACUGAAGAGAGACAUUAUGCAGAAGCAUGUGCAGAGCAUUUCUUGGAUGUUACAAAAGAAUGGAAUAUUCAAGAAAAGGUGACAACAAUUAGUACUGGUCGUGCAAGCAAUAUGAUAGCAGCAACCAGUCAUUUGCCUUUUGAACACAUGACGUGCAUUGCUCACAGUCUUCAGCGAUCCAUCACAGUAGCGCUCCGUGCUGGUGGUUUUGAAAAUGUGCUGCUAAAAUGUAGAAAAAUUCUGGGCCAUUUCAAACACAGUCUAGCUAACAGUGCAGAGCUAAAAACACAGCAACUUGCAAAUGGACAGAAACAAGAACCUCUUGGACAAGAUAUUUCUGCCAGAUGGGACUCUACGUUGGGUAUGGUUCAGCGCCUGCUUAGAAAUAAAGCCACUAUCACAACCACGUUAGCUCUUGAAAAGCACAGCCUAUCUGUGCUGACAGGUAGUGAUUUUGGAAAACUGCAAAAGCUAGAAACACUACUUGAGCCCUGCAGAUUUGUGACUGAACUCCUUGGAGGAGAAUUAUAUGUCUCCUGCUCUGUGAUUUUACCCGCACUCUGCCAUGUAUGUCGUGUUAUGGCAGUCUCUGAUGACGACCCAGCAUAUGUUGCUCGAUUUAAGAACACUUUCACUUCAGAUUUAACAAAACGCAAAGAGGAUUCCAAUAUGAGAUUUCUAAAAAUAGCUACAGUGCUUGACCCAAGGUUUAAGAAUCUGAAGUGCCGUCCAAAAUCUGAGAGGGAUGAGGUGUGGAACAUGCUGUCAGAAGUCUUAAAAGACCAGCACUUGAAUAUGGAACCUACAGAACCUGAACCACCACAAAAGAAAAUCAGCCUUUUGUUGGUGGCAUCUGACUCGGAUGAUGAAAAUGAAGGUGUGCCGGUCCGUACUGCUUUGGAUCGUUACAAAGCAGAGCCCAUCAUCCCCAUGGAGGCAUGUCCUCUGGAAUGGUGGUCGAAGCAUGAAGGGGCUUAUGAAAGUUUAGCAUAUCUGGCACAUAAAUACCUUGCAACACCAGCUACAGCAGUGCCAUGCGAACGACUGUUCUCACUUUCAGGUGACAUUGUAAAUAAGAAGCGUGCAGCAUUAUCUCCCGAGAAUGUAAACCAACUUGUCUGUCUAAACGAUUGGCUGAAAUGCAGCAAGGAACACAGAAGCUUGCUCUUGAAGAUGUGUAGUACGGUGCAAGCUGUAACUGACCAUAGAAAAAUGGACGUGUUGCAGAUACUGCGUAAAACCUCAGAGCGCUUAGAGUGUGAUCAUUGCAGUUUUAAAGGGACAGACUAUGAAAACAUACAGAUUCAUAUGGGUACCAUCCACCCUGAGUAUUGUGAUGAAAUGGAUGCUGCUGGUUUAGGCAAACUUAUAUUUUAUCAAAAAAGUGCAAAACUAUUCCAUUGCCACAAGUGUUUCUUCACCAGCAAGAUGUAUUGCAACGUUUAUUAUCACAUCACAGCACAACAUGCAGUGCCUGAGAAGUGGAAUGAAGAACAGAAAGAUCAGGUAGAAGCAGAGUCAGAAUCUGCGAAAACAACUGUCACACUGGAGCCACAAAAAUCUGCUGUCUCCUCUGAACCACACAAACCUGACCUUUCUCCUGGACCUCCGAAGUCUGAACCUGUUGUUUCCCCCAAGCUUCAGAAAACAUCUACAUCCCCAGAGCCCCCGAAGCCUGCUCCAGCAGCUUCCCCAGAGCCCCCGAAGCCUGCUCCAGCAGCUUCCCCAGAGCCUCCGAAGCCUGCUCCAGCAGCUUCCCCAGAGCCUCCAAAGCCUGCCCCAGCUGUGUCUCCGGAGCUAAAGAAACCUGCUCCAGCUGCAUCUCCAGAGCCAAAGAAGCCUGUCCCCUCCUUGUCCCCAGAGCUGAAGAAACCUGCUCCCUCUGUGUCCCCAGAACCGAAGAAGCCUGCCCCAACUGGAUCCCCCGAGCCACCAAAGCCUUCCCCAGCUGGGUCCCCAGAGCCACAGAAGGCUGCUGUGACUGUGUCCCCGGAGCCGCGCAGGCAUUCCCCGGCCGUGUCCCCGGAGCCGCGCAGGCAUUCCCCGGCCGUGUCCCCGGAGCCACGCAGGCAUUCCCCGGCCGUGUCCCCGGAGCCGCGCAGGCAUUCCCCGGCCGUGUCCCCGGAGCCACGCAGGCAUUCCCCGGCCGUGUCCCCGGAGCCGCGCAGGCAUUCCCCGGCCGUGUCCCCGGAGCCACGCAGGCAUUCCCCGGCCGUGUCCCCGGAGCCGCGCAGGCAUUCCCCGGCCGUGUCCCCGGAGCCAAGCAGGCAUUCCCCGGCCGUGUCCCCGGAGCCGCGCAGGCAUUCCCCGGCCGUGUCCCCGGAGCCACGCAGGCAUUCCCCGGCCGUGUCCCCGGAGCCGCGCAGGCAUUCCCCGGCCGUGUCCCCGGAGCCAAGCAGGCAUUCCCCGGCCGUGUCCCCGGAGCCGCGCAGGCAUUCCCCGGCCGUGUCCCCGGAGCCACGCAGGCAUUCCCCGGCCGUGUCCCCGGAGCCGCGCAGGCAUUCCCCGGCCGUGUCCCCGGAGCCAAGCAGGCAUUCCCCGGCCGUGUCCCCGGAGCCGCGCAGGCAUUCCCCGGCCGUGUCCCCGGAGCCACGCAGGCAUUCCCCGGCCGUGUCCCCGGAGCCGCGCAGGCAUUCCCCGGCCGUGUCCCCGGAGCCAAAGAAACCUGCCCCAGCUGUGUCCCCUGAACCACGAAGGUAUGCUCCAGCCGUGUCCCCUGAGCCAAGGAGGCAUGUUACUCAGAUGCGAAGGCCAGCUCCUACUGCUUCCCCUGAGCCACGGAGGCCUGCUUCCUCAGGUUCUCCAGAGCCAUGGGGACCUGCUCCCACAGUUUCUCCUGAGCCUUGGAGAUCUACCCCAGUUAUUCCACAUGAACUGCAGAAAUCUUCCCCCAGUGUUUCACCUUGGGCCUCAAAAUCUGCCCUGGCUCCACCCAUAGAGCCCCGCAGGUCUGGCCCAGAGCCCCGAAGGCCAGGCCCCGUUGUGUCGCCAGAGCCCCGACGGCCAGGCCCUGUUGUGUCCCCGGAACCUCGGAGGCUUGUUCCUGACCCUUGGAAAUCUACAUCCUUCUCAGAAUCUCAGAAAUCUCUUGUAUCUUCUGAGCCAUGGAAGCCCAUCUCAUCUGUUUACCCAGAAGGUUGGAAACCUGUUCUUUCCCCUGAUACAUGGAAGCCGUCUCCCCCUGUUUCACCUGAACUCCGAAAGCCUAGUCACACUGUUUCCUCUGAAGUUUGGAAACCUUCCUUCUUUUCUGAGAUCCGCAAACCUGGUCCCUCUGUUUCUCCUGAGCCUUGGAAACAUGCUGAGUCCCGGAAGUCUACUUUCUUUCCUGAGACUCAGAAGUCUGCUCCUGCUAUUUCCCCUGAGGUACAGAAACGGGCCCACUUCCCUGAACCUCGGAAACGAGCUCUCUUUCCUGAGUCUCGAAAAUCUGUUCCUGCUGUUUCCUCUGAGGUGCAGAAACGUUCUUUCUUUGCUGAACCUCAGACACAGAUGUCUGCUGGUUCCUCUGAAAUGCAGAAACAUGCUGUCUUUGCUGAGGCCCAGAAACCUGCUCCUGUUUCUCCUGAAAUCCAGAAGUCUGCCUUUUUCCCAGAGCCUCAGAAACUUUCUGCUGUUUCCUCUGAAGCCCAAGAACAUACCUGUUUCCCAGAGCCUCAGAAAUCUGCUCCUGUUGCAUCUCCUGAGAGCCAGAAACAUGCCCUCUUCGUGGAGUGCCAGAAACCUGCGCCUACUCUUUCGUCUGAGACCCAGAAGCAAGCUCUUUUUGUUGAUUCUCAGAAAUCUGCUCCUGCUCCUGCUGUUUCCCCUGAGACCCAGAAACAUUCCCUUUCUACUGAACCCCAUAAACCUGCUCCUGUUGUUUCCUCUGAGGUACAGAAGCCUCCUCUGUCUGUUGAACCCCUCAAACCUGCUCCUGCUGUUUCCUCUGAGGUCCAGAAAAAUACUGUCUUCCCUGAUCUCCAUAAACCUGCUCCAUCUGUUUCCUCUGAGCCUCAGUCACCUAAUGAGCCUGAUGAAAGUGACUUCUUAUCUCAGAAUUUAGAAGAUCAAAAACCACUGGAUGAUCUGUUGCCUCAAGAAGAGCAGCCAGUCUUAAGUAAGGAACCUCCAGAAGAUGCAUUGUAUUCAUGUCCAAAGAAGAAGCUCAAGAAGGAGAAUCAGGAGAACUCUGAUUCUGAACUAAAUAGCAGUGAAUGUGCAAAAACAGAGAUGGAGAUGGAUUCAGUGGAGGUAAAGGAACAAGAAUCCAACAGUGAUCAAGAACAAUUUGAUGCAGAAUCAUCUGAAUACAGCAAAGAGAGCAAAACAGAACCAGCUACUCCCAUUCAGCCACAGUGUGUACUGCAGUUUACAGAAGAGAAGGAAGCUUUCAUUUCAGAGGAAGAAAUAGCAAAAUAUAUGAAGCGUGGAAAGGGAAAGUAUUAUUGCAAAAUUUGUUGCUGUCGUGCAAUGAAAAAAGGUGCUGUCUUGCAUCAUUUAGUGAACAAGCAUAAUGUGCAGAGUCCAUAUAAAUGUAAAAUAUGUGGGAAAGCUUUUCUUUUGGAGUCUCUUCUUAAAAACCACGUUGCUGCUCAUGGUCAGAGUUUGCUUAAAUGUCCACGUUGUAAUUUUGAAUCGAGUUUUCCCCGAGGUUUUAAGAAACAUUUAACCCAUUGCCAAAGCCGUCAUAGUGAAGAGGCAAAUAAAAAACAUUUGGACAGCCUUGAACCGGUUGAGGAACAAAUUUGAUGUGUUUUUUCCUUGUACCAGAGAGGUUUAAUUUAGUGAAAUAUUAAAAAAUGUUGCUUUAUGUUAGUCAACUAAAUAGUUUAGCUGUUUUGACUAGUCAUGCAUGGUUUAUUGUAUUACGUUUAACUUGUCUUAUAGCUGUAUUACUGAAAGGAUUUACUUUUCAAAUGUUUUUAAAAUAAAUAUCCAUGUCUGUGUAUUAAUCACUGGUAAAUUCGUACUUUGUUAUCUAGAAGUGCUACAUUUCUGAAACCAAAACGGAUUAAACUUAGUUUUGUAAUUGUUAAGAACAUGGAGGCAGUAGAGUCAAGGUGUGGCAAGCAGCCCAUAUGUUACUGUGAAGACUGGACAAAAUUUUUCACAUCUGUUAGAUGUCUUAUUUUUCAAAAUGUGGAGCAUGCUUUCAGAGUUUGAAGCCUCACCAAAUUGAAUGUGAAUGAGUAAGGCAUGAGAGACUGACAUUGGUUUUUUUGAGUAAUUAUGCUCUGACCUUGUAAUUGAGUAUAUAGCCAUUUGUUGGAAAUUUACUGUACUCACCCCUGGAUUAAAUGUCUUAAGAUCUGAAAAUGUCAAGGUACUUUUUUGUGUUGAUGUAUUUUGAUCAUGUUUUUAAGCAUGUACUAAUAGACUUUACAUUUAUAGAGUGUAAUAUCAGAUUGACUAUAUAUAUAAUGAGAAUUCUUGAGUUGACACUGAUGUUAUGCCAGGAAAAACUGAUUUUCUUGUAUCUGGUGAAAUGUUACACUUAAUACUUUUAACAAUAAAAGGCAAACCUGGACAUUGGA